GGGGCGGCUUCCACCACUGCUCUAGCGACCGGGGCGGAGGCUUCUGCGCCUACGCGGACAUCACGCUGGCCAUCAAGUUCCUGUUUGAGCGUGUGGAGGGCAUCUCCAGGGCCACCAUCAUCGACCUCGAUGCCCAUCAGGGCAACGGGCACGAGCGGGACUUCAUGGGCGACAAGCGUGUGUACAUCAUGGAUGUCUACAACCGCCACAUCUACCCUGGGGACCGCUUUGCCAAGCAGGCCAUCCGGCGGAAGGUGGAGCUGGAGUGGGGCACGGAGGACGACGAGUACCUGAGCAAGGUGGAGAGGAACAUGCACAAGGCUCUCCGGGAGCACCUGCCCGACGUGGUGGUGUACAACGCAGGCACCGACAUCUUGGAGGGGGAUCGCCUCGGGGGGCUGUCCAUCAGCCCGGGGGGCAUCGUGAAGCGGGAUGAGCUGGUCUUCCGAGUUGUCCGUGGCCUCCACGUGCCCAUCCUCAUGGUGACCUCGGGCGGGUACCAGAAGCGCACGGCCCGCAUCAUUGCCGACUCCAUCCUGAAUCUGUCUGGCCUGGGGCUCAUCGGGCCCGAGUCCACCGGUGUCUCAGCACAGAACGCGGACUCGCUACUGCUGCCUGCAGCGGCGCCCUGACCGCCCUGCCCGCCUCGGCCCCACCCGCCACCCCGUGCCUGCUGCCUGCUCACCAUAUGGGGUGGUGGGGGCGGCCGCCAGUGAGUGUGGAGGUGCAGCGCGUCCCGCACUGGACCGUCGGGGGCCAGGAGUGGAAGAGGAAGGGGGCUGGCAGCGCCUCCACGCGUGCCCCUCGGGUGCCCAGGGUCUCCAGGCCCCCCUGGGCGUGGCCGAGCACAGAGCCUGUGUCCCAGGGAAGGCCCACGCAGGACAAGGGUCCGACCAGGUGCAAGGGGGCCGGCCGUUGGCCAGGAGUGAAAGAGGACAGGCGAGGCCCAGGGGCCGCAUCAGGGGCUGGGCACUUCUGGCUGUUGAGAGGGGCCGACCCGGCCUGGCCGAAGAGGCGCCUCUGUGCCCUGCCUGGGCCUCUGGGUCUUGGGCGUCUCUUCUCCGGCCUCCCAGUGGCGCCGGCAAGACGGCCCGAGAGCGGGGUUGGGUCAGCCUUCCGUGGCUGGAUUCCCCGCCGCCGGGAGGCAAGGGUGGGAGGGGUGCAGGGGUUCUUCCGCCUGGGGUUCCCCUCCAAUAAAGCGAGGUCUGGACCUGC